CGCGUACUAAUUUUCGGGACGUUUCUGAGAUUCUUUAUUGAUUUCCUCAGUCUUCCCAUCUACCUCGCAUACGAUAAGUAUAGGUUCAAGACGCACAUCGACACUGGCCGGACGGGAAAAUGUCGAGUUUGUAUAUAUGUCCCAAAGACGAUGAAGGACGGUGAUUUUGACACUCCUCGCGGGGUUAUCGUGUAUCUUCACGGGGGUGGCUGGACAAUAGGCCGACCAGAAACAGAGGCUCCGAUAUGCCGAUAUCUGGCAGAUACCGUCGGUGUAGUCGUCGUUGCGCCGGACUACCGAAAAGCACCUAAAUACCCGUAUCCCCACGCUUUGGAGCAGACCUAUCAAGUUACUUCCUGGAUAGCCUCUGGUGGCCUUUCAACUGCUCUGAAAAACUCUCGUAUCCAAGAGGCUUGUGCGCUCCAGGUUGACACCAAGCGGGUUGGGAUAGCGGGUGGCAGCGCAGGUUCUAACCUUGCUUGUGCCCUCUCCACACUUUGCAUCUCUCGACCACUACCAAACGGCGCAAAAGUUGUUGCACAGGGAUUGCUAUAUCCUGUACUGGAUCUAGCUGUCCCCUACGAAGAGAAGUUGGCACGUGUAGAUCCUGAGAGGGUUCUACCUCAAUGGAUGUCGAGAUUUUUCUUGCGUGCAUAUCUCCCGCCUCCUCGCCUCACCUCCGAUUCUUUAGUCUCUCCUGCACUCUCUCCAGACUCCAUCGCUUCGCAAUUACCACCAACCAUAAUACUAACAGCAGAAUAUGACUACCUCGCACACGAAGCCGACACGUUUGCUACUCGUCUUGAAGCCCUCAACGUUAAGGUUCGUCACAGAAGGUUCGAAAGUGUCGGACAUGGGUUUGAUGGCAUCCCGACGUGGGAUAAGAAACAGCGGAUGUUAAAUUCAAAGGCUAGGGACGAAGCGUGGGGGAUGAUCGCGGACGUCAUGAAGGAGACAUUAGUUUAA